UGUGCUUACGACUGACUCUAUAUCGGACCUGCAGGUAACAUAGUUGUUGUCUAAAAUGUUGUUGUAACACAAGACCAACAACUGUUUCCAAACGCAUGUGAAUUCAGACAGCAGAUUAGAUUAGGUUGGCGUUUCAAGUUCAUACGCAGUGGUGGCCUUAUGACAACGCGCUCCAAGCCUCUCCAAAACAUGUCGUAGCUCCUAGGCUAAUCUCGGCAUGGUCCAGAGUAGCCUGUAGCCUGCCGAUUUAGGAGAGGUGUGUAAUCGAGACGUCGCUGGGAUCACACAAAAGCCUUCAAAGUGUAUCGGUCAUAAAGUUAAGGACAUUUAUCAAAGUUUUUUUUUUCUUAAGACAUUAUAAAGACGUUAUAGCCUAACCUCCUAUCUGGAGUUGGGAGAAGAACCAUGACUUAGAAGCGGCCGUUCUGUAGAGUUUUUUUCCCAAAGAUUCUAUAGUGGAAGAUUUUUCAUUGCUUCCAUGGUUACCAAAAAUAAAAUGAGAUUUGCGGGUUUCUGUAGUAACUCUGGCUACGCGUAAUACGGCCCCAUAGCCUACUGUUUACUUUCGAUUUAAAGAAAACGGAAGUGACAAUCGUCCCCAAAUCACGUGCAGUCGGUCGUUACAGAGGGACGUGUUGGGCGCAGAUGGUAAAAUAUGGAUAAUGUUUUUUCAAACGACCAGGAUGCCUUCUCCUGUUCCAUCUGUCUUGACCUGCUUCGCGUUCCAGUAACAAUACCAUGUGGACAUAGUUACUGUCUUAACUGUAUUAAAGGAUACUUUGACCAGAGAGGGGACCAAGGAGGCACUGCUCAAUGCCCCCAAUGUAGGCAGACGUUUUCUGCCAGGCCAGCUCUCAAUAAAAACACUAUUAUAGCUGAACUGGUGGAGAAACUGAAAGAGGCCCGAUCUCCACGACCUCACUGUUUUGCGGGUUCGGGUGAAAUAGAAUGCGACGUGUGCGGCGACAGUAAAUCCCGAGCCGUCAAGUCUUGUCUCGUGUGCUUGGCUUCUUACUGCGAGACUCACCUGAAACUUCACAACGAGCUCAACCCAGGUGGGAAACACAAAGUCGUCGAUGCAAUCGAACGUCUGCAGAACAAGAUCUGUCGUCGCCAUGACAAACUCCUCGAGGUUUUCUGUUGCACUGAUCAGCAAAUUAUAUGUUUGCUGUGCAUCAUGGAUGACCACCGAGGACAUGAAACAGUAUCCGCCGAGGCAGUAAGGGCCGAAAAACAGAAGCUAUUGUGUGAGACUCAGAAGAAAUCAAAGAAGAGACUUAAACACAAAGGGAAAGAAUUUCAGGAUGUUAAGUAUGCAAUGGACACUCUGAAGCGCUCCGCAGCUGCAGCCGUGGCAGAUAACGACCGAUGCUUUCAGCAUCUGAUGCGCUCCAUCGAGAGAAGAUGCUCUAGAGUGAAUGAGCUGAUCAGAGCUCAGGAGAAGGCUGAGGUGAGUCGGGCUGAAGGACUCCUGAAGAGACUGGAGCAGGAGAUUGCUGAGCUGAAGAGGAGAGAUGCUGAACUGGAGCAGCUUUCACACACAGAGGACCACAUCCAUUUCCUCCAGAGUCUUCCUCUUCUGAACGAGCCAUGUGGAACAGAUAUCAACAUCCGUGUCAAUCCACACAUCUCGUUCGGGGAAGUCGGUCAGUCCUUGUUCAAGCUGAAACAACGCCUGGAUGACCAGUGGCCAGAGGAGGAGGCAGAAACGUCCAAAGCAGUUGAGCGCAUCCACACAGUGCUGCUUCCUGAGUAUCGGACCAGAGAAGAGUUCUUGAAAUGCUUCCAUCCAUUCACCCUGGACCCUGCCACAGCGCGCAACAGUCUCCAUCUCUCCAAAGGGAACACGCUGGUUUCCCACAGCAAAGUGGCCACAUCCUACCGCAAUGGCCCUGAACGAUUUGAUGGGUGGCUUCAGGUGCUGUGUAUGGAGGGCAUAACUGAACGCUGCUACUGGGAGGCUCAAUGGAGUGGACACUGGGCCAACAUAGCCGUUUCAUACAAGACUAUCAGCAGGAAGGGAGGGGGCAACGAGUGCAGGUUUGGAUAUAAUGAUCAGUCCUGGAGUCUGAAACUCUCCAGGUCCACCUCCUGUUUCAGGCACAAGAAUAAAGAGACGAAACUGCCUCUAGUACGCAGCUCCAGAAUAGGAGUGUAUGUGGACCACAGGGCAGGAACUCUGGCCUUCUACAGCAUCACUGACACAAUGACCCUCCUGCACAGAGUCCAGACCACAUUCACUCACACACUCUACCCUGGGUUUGGGUUUGAUUUUGGUCUGAUACCUUAUAACUCUUCUGUUCAGCUUGUGGGAGAAUAAGAUGUAGUUUGUUGUGUUUACUAAGGAGCAUGGCGACUCCACUAGUAGGUUUGUAUGUCAGGUUUUUGUUUGGAGGAUAACCAUGUAUUCAAGGAAUGGCAAAACACCCUUUAAGUUGGUAUGAGAAGUGAAACCAAAGGCAGGUUAACGCUAUAAAGAUAUGACCAUUGAUUAUACAGUUAAACAAUGUAUUUGGAUAUUACGUUGAGUUGUACUGUAGGUCCAACUUUUCAAAUGUUUUUAGAUUAAGCUAGUUGUUUUGUUCUUUUAAAAAUGAUGUUGACUUUUUCGGCUCGAUCCGUUGCGGAGCUCCAUCUGUGCCUGUGCAUAAACUGUGUCAAGCCCACCUCUGCUGUGCUGCAGCAUGUGGAUUUGAAAAUAAAAAAUGAAUGUAUUGAAUAACUUA